CGGCUCUCUCGACUAGCCGCUGGGCUAGUAACGCACCACUUCAAGUUACAUAAUAAUUUAUAGCUUCUUUGGCUGAUGGCCGCGGAAGCUCUUAAUUUAAACGUGCAUUCAGCACGCAGCGAGUACUUCUACCUGCACUGCGUGUCGUACCUGUGGGUCGUCGUGCUGGGAUUCCUGCUGACACUCAUCGUGGGUGGCGGGUGUCGCCUGCGAGGGGGACCGCAGCAUGCCGCCGCCAGACCCCGACCUCUUCGUGCCGCCAGUCCGGUGGGCACUGCUCGCGAGGAGAGGGCGCAGGGUGCUGAUUUGUGGGUUCCCAGCCUGAGACAUUCCAGCCUUCUCUACAGAGGCUGCAACAACUUGGUCUAUUUAUUUUCUAGUUUUGUAAAAAAGGAAAAAAUUAUAAACACUCAGUAUUGCUCGGUUUGCAAUAGCUGUGCUUUUUAUUCUCAGUUCUCUUCUGUUCAGCUGAAUUGCUGCAAAUAAUGAAGCGCUCCAACUGAAGUUAACUGGUAUUGCAAUACUGCGCAGUGUAGAAACUUUCACAAAUGUAACAUUUCAGUGGCCUUAUUAAAUAUGGGCAAUUGCUUACCUGGUAAACUGUGAGCAAAAGUAUGACAAUAAUUAUUACAAUAUUGGAAAAAGUUCUGACCAGGAAAUCAAUAAUCGUGUGAUGAAGAACAAUACUACAGGACGGUGGAGGCAUUGGAUGGUGUAAAGAUGGCUGAAUAAUAUUGUUGAAUGGCAUAGAAAAGAUGCCUCCAAAAUAAAACUAGUUGCCUAUAAAAGGUCACAGUUACAAACCAAUCACAAAAUUUGCACC